AAGAGAAGUAGACUGUUCAGCUUCUCAGACAGAAAUCUGACGAAGGCUUUUAAAAAUUUCUUUCUAUUCAAGUUGUACAGGAGGAAACUUUGUGUACCAUGGAGGAAAAUCUCAACAUCAGCAUUGAUCCCGCAUGUUUACAAAAGCCACCGCUUGCUAUUGACAUGAUAAGUCAGCUGAGUGUGUUUGGAGUUUGUCUCUACUCCAUACUUACCUUCAUGUCUUGCAUCUCCUUGCUGCUGUAUUUGGAACAGUGUGUCUACAUAUACAAAAAACUGCCCUACCCCAAGAAGACCAUCAUCAUCUGGAUCAAUGGUGCAGCACCGGUCAUUGCGACUAUGUCUUGUUUUGGGAUGUGGAUUCCCAGAGCUGCCAUGUUCACAGACAUGACCUCUAACUGUUAUUUUGCAGUGGUGGUUUACAAGAUUAUGAUUCUGAUAAUUGAAGAGUUUGGAGGUACUGAAGCCUUUCUGAAAAGGUUUUCUGGCAAGACCUUCAAGAUCAACACAGGACCAUGCUGCUGCUGCUGCCUCUGUUUACCCCAUGUGCCCAUGUCACGGCGGAUGUUGUUCUUGAUGAAGUUGGGAGCUCUUCAGUAUGCCAUUCUAAAGACAGUACUCUCUGUCCUCGCCAUCAUAUUGUGGACCAAUGACAACUUUGACCCCUCAGAUCUCUCAGUCACUGGUACAUCGAUAUGGAUUAACCCAUUUAUUGGUGUCCUUACUCUCACCUCGCUUUGGGCUGUUGCCAUCCUUUUUAACAAUACAAACAGCAAGCUGAGGAGCCUCAAGAUUAUUCCCAAGUAUGCAUUCUAUCAAAUAGUACUUAUACUGAGUCAGCUGCAGACGUCUAUCAUUAACAUCCUGUCCUUGGAUGGAACCAUCGCCUGUUCCCCUCCGCUCUCAUCACAAGCUCGUGGAUCCAUGUUGAGUCAGCAGCUGAUGAUCAUGGAGAUGUCCUCAUUACUCUGGCCACUCGCUUUUUUACCGUCGUACAUAUGAUGAGCUUCCCUCUGA